AUGGCUAAGUGCCUUCUGCUACUGCUGCUGGUGGUCCUGUCCUCACUGCUCGGACUCCCGCAAGCUCUAGAGUGUUUCCAGUGUGACAGAGUCAACACCAGCGGGGUCUGCGUGUCUGGGGGAGGCACCUGCCAGACUCAAGGCGGCCAGCAGUGCUUUCUGAGGAAGAUCUACGAAGAUGGCACGCUUUCCUAUGGACGCCAGGGUUGUAGCCAACUGUGUACUCCCAUGAAGCUCUUUAAUCCCAAUGUUAUUGUGGAAUAUAAAUGCUGUCAUGACUCGCCUCUCUGCAACAAGUUCUAA